AUGUCUCCUCAGGCUCUGGGCACUCUCAGUUCCUCACUUCCCCUGGUCCUUGUCCUCUGCUCCCUUGUUUAUGCAUCUUCAUUAGAUUCUAUAGCACCCCAAAAUGAUUCUAACACCGACCUCCAUGCUCUCUGCUGCCUUAAACUCCAUCUCACGACCUCUGCUGGACUCCUGGUCUCAUGGAAAAAUGACUCGCUGCAGUUCUGCAGUUGGUCCGGUGUUACUUGCAGCAAGAGACAUGCAUCUCGUGUCAUUGCACUGGACCUCGAGUCACUUGACCUCGAUGGACAGAUACCACCAUGUAUCGGCAAUCUCACUUUCCUCACAAAAAUCCACAUCCCCAACAAUCAACUUACUGGCCAAAUACCACCUGAACUUGGGCAACUAAAUAGGCUGCGGUACCUUAACCUCAGCACAAACAAUCUUACUGGCAGGAUCCCAAGCACUCUGUCUUCAUGCGUUCACCUUCAAACUAUUCAUCUUGGAAGCAACUCCCUUGAUGGUGUGAUCCCCCCAAGCCUAAGCCAAUGCUCAGAUAUGCAGCAGCUCAGUUUGGGUCACAACAAGCUCAGUGGAGGUAUCCCAGAAGGGUUGGGGAUGCUCCGAAACCUUGCAGUUUUACGUCUGGCUACAAAUAGUCUGACGGGCAGCAUUCCACGUUCACUUGGAAGCAGCUCUUCUCUUCACUCUGUUGUUCUCACGAACAAUAGCCUCACAGGACCUAUCCCGCCUCUCCUAGCUAAUAGUUCCUCACUUCAACUUUUGGCCUUAUCAAACAAUCACCUGAGUGGAGAGAUUCCUCCUGCACUGUUUAACAGUACAUCACUCCAAAAGUUAUUACUGGGAACAAACAGCUUUGCUGGGUCCAUACCAGCCUUGUUGAACAUUGACUCACCCUUGCAGUAUCUUAUCUUGCAAUCAAAUAAUCUUUCUGGCACCAUACCUUCCUUUAUAGGGAACUUUUCCUCCCUUCGCUGGCUCUUGCUUGGAGAUAAUAAUUUCCAAGGUAACAUCCCCAUGAGUAUAGAUGAAAUUCGAAACCUGGAAAUACUAGACAUCACUUAUAACUUUUUGACAGGGAGUGUCCCAGCCUCUCUUUACAACAUGUCAGCACUCACAUACCUUGGCAUGGCUACAAACAAUCUUGUAGGGGAGCUUCCACACAACAUCGGAUACACCCUUCCAAGCAUCCAAACUUUGAUUAUGCAAGGAAACCAGUUCCAAGGCCAAAUCCCCACUUCACUAGCAAACACAACCAAUCUCCAGGUGAUCAACCUCCGGAACAAUGCAUUCCAUGGCAUUGUUCCAUCUUUUGGGAUUUUACCCAGCCUAGUCGAUCUGAAUCUAGGCAAGAAUCAACUUGAAGCAGGAGACUGGUCUUUCCUAUCCUCGUUGACAAAUUGCACACAACUGGUGAACUUACGCUUGGAUGCAAACAUCCUUCAAGGAGUCUUGCCGAGUGUCGUUGCAGGCCUUUCAAAGAGCAUAGAGGUACUGUUACUAAGAUCAAAUAAAAUUUCUGGCACCAUACCACAUGAGAUAGAGCACCUCACAGGCCUCAAGCUUCUUUACAUGGAACGGAAUUUGCUUACCGGGAAUCUUCCUGAGUCAAUUGGAAAUCUUCCCAACUUGUUUGUCUUAAGCUUGUCCCAGAACAAAUUUUCUGGACAGAUCCCACUUUCAGUUGGUAAUUUGAGUCAAUUGAGUGAGCUUUACUUACAAGAAAACAGUUUGAGUGGCCCAAUCCCAGAAGCUUUAGGAGACUGCAAAAAACUGCACAUAUUGAACCUCUCUUGUAACAGCUUCAACGGAAGCAUACCAAAGGAGCUCUUUACUCUUUCCGACCUUUCUGAAGGUUUGGACUUGUCUCACAACCAACUCUCUGGAGAAAUACCAAUGGAGAUUGGCGAGUUGAUCAAUCUCGGUCCACUGAAUAUCUCCUAUAACCAACUGUCUGGUCAGAUACCAUCUACUCUAGGUCAGUGCGUCCAAUUGGAGUCGCUCCACAUGGAGGGCAACCGUCUUCAUGGAAGAAUCCCUCAAUCUUUUGUGAAUUUGAGAGGCAUCACUGUGAUGGACCUAUCUCAGAACAACUUAACAGGUGAAAUCCCUGAAUUCUUGAAGCUCUUCAAGUCUAUGAAGCUUCUCAAUUUGUCCUUCAACAACCUCGAAGGAUCAGUACCUGCAGAUGGAAUAUUUCAGAAUGGAAGCAAUGUGUUCAUUCAAGGAAACAAGAAGCUAUGUGCGAGCACCCCAUUGCUACAGUUGCCACUUUGCAAUGCAGAAACAUCCAAACAGCACACCUCCAACAUCUUAAAGAUAGUAGGAUUUACUGCUCUUUUUUUGGUCCUGGUAUCAUGCUUCGGAGUAAUUAUUUGGAAAAAGAGAAAGAAAGUCACACAAGCAGCUCAUCCAUCCUUUGAAGAGUUACAGAAGUUUACAUAUGCUGAUUUAUUGAAAGCAACAAAUGGUUUCUCUUUAGACAACUUGGUUGGUUCAGGAAAAUAUGGGUCCGUGUACAAAGGUAGAAUUGAGUCCGAAGUACAUGAAGUUGCUAUCAAAGUUUUCAAACUUGAUCAACUUGGAGCAACAAAGAGCUUCCUCGAUGAGUGUGAGGCCCUGAGAAACACUCGUCAUCGUAAUCUUGUACGGGUGAUCACUGUAUGCUCAACAAGUGAUCCAACAGGAAAUGAGUUCAAAGCUCUUGUUCUUGAAUAUAAGGUAAAUGGGGACCUCGAAAGUUGGCUCUAUCCAACAUUCCACGAGCAUCACCUGAGAAGGCCAUUGAGUUUAUAUUCAAGAAUAGCAAUAGCAGUGGACAUAGCGGCUGCUUUGGAUUACCUUCAUAACAACUGCAUGCCUCCUAUGGUCCAUUGUGAUCUGAAGCCCAGCAAUGUCCUCCUAAAUGAUGUCAUGGGCGCAUGUGUUGGUGACUUCGGAUUGGCUAAGUUCCUACGCAAUUAUUCUUAUUCGAGCAUUGGUGGUUCUACAAGCUUAGUGGGACCAAGAGGAUCAGUUGGAUACAUUGCACCAGAAUAUGGCUUUGGGAGCAAAAUCUCCACUGAGGGUGAUGUCUACAGUUUUGGAGUCAUCAUCUUAGAAAUGCUCACAGGGAAGCGUCCAACUGAUGAGAUGUUUAAAGAUGGUCUGAGCCUUUACAAAUUUAUCGAAAAAUCAUUUCCAGAAAAGAUUGGCGAGAUUCUAGAUCCUAGAAUUGCUCCGUAUUAUGGGGAGCAAGAUGAAGAAGCAGGAGGUACUUUAGACCAAGAAAAUCAUCAUCAAAUGGCUGGAAUAAUGAGCUGCAUCAUCGAGCUCGUUAAGAUUGGCCUCAUGUGCGCCGCAGAGAUACCUAAAGAUCGUCCCGCAAUGCAGGACGUUUACAUUGAGGUCACCGUAAUCAAAGAAGCAUUUUCAGCACUGCAGGGCUGAGCAGAAGUAGAACUGUUUCAUUGCUCACACGUUGCUGGUUCAUGACGGCUGACGUCUAGUUUUCUCUACAUAAGGAAAAAAAAAAUCUUGGUUGCAGCCGUGUUAUGUUGUGAACUGCCUUCCAUUCUACUGGUAAAUCUAUGUUUGUGGUGUAUGUUGUUAGGAAAGCAACUUAUCUUUAUUGAAGGCCCAAGGGGCAUAUAUAUAUUACACAUGACUUGAGGUGUAAGGAAACUAAACAUAGACUAAUAAGGACUCCUAGACCAAUACUAAUACUCCUUAACACCCCCCCCUUAAAUGCAAAGCGUAUGCAAUAACAUUGCAUUUGAAGAAGUGUAAUACUAAAAAAAAAUGAUAAUUCAAAUCCGUGUCUUGAGAGUGUCGUCGUAGCAUGAAGAGUCUUUAAACCUGUCGAGUCGCCAAAGGGGAUAACGAAGAGAUGGCACAUCAGAGAAAGACACCGCAUCGAUAGAAGAUACAAUAGAAGUAUCAAGAGAAGAUGGGUUGUCGAAAGAAGAUGGCACAUCAAAAGAAUGAAGCAUUGCUUAAAGAAUCAUGGCCCAUGAAAACCGACAGCGAAAGAAGCUCGGCGGCAAGAGAAUGGGCUUAGAUCAACAAUGCAAAGAGAGGCCACAUAAAUUCUAUACAGAGGACAAUGACCAGAAAAAGGCUGACGGACAUAGGUAUGGUGGACUCACAUGACAUGAGAAAACACAAAAUAUCAACGGAUUUGGUGGACUCAGCGGAAAUUAUAGAAAACUAGGAAGCUAACAAAACACAUGAACUAGAUACGAUGGUAGCGAAAGAAAAAAUCAUGGUGCCGAGGGCCAAGACCAAGCAGAGCUCCCGUGUUGUGCUCCCGACUGUGGAGAGGGCCAAGCAGAGCUCCCGUGGUGUGCUCCUGACUGUGAAGAGGGUGGUCUCUCUGAGCUAGAAGAGUCAAUAACAAGACCGGCAGAACCUGGUGAAGAAGAACCUGAAGCUGCAA